AUGGGACCUGAAGAGGUGGUGAAGUGUCUGAAGAACAGAGCUGGAAGGCAGGAGAUCCACCCAGCAUUUGAAUCCUGGUGGAGCAGACCCGGAGCUCCAGUUACAGGCCGAGAGGAGGGGCACCCGUUUGGUCUCAGCCAUAGGCUGGUGUCACGUGGUUUAAAAUCUCUUCUGCAGCCCCCUUGGAAACCCCUCGGGUCAGGCCCAGCUGGUCCGCCGCAUGUGAUACAAGUGUCUGCUCCCAGGGAAGGCGCAGCCAUGGCCUCCCCAGCACCCCGGGAGCCCGACGAGGAGCUGGUAUCCGCUGGCUCCGAGCCAGGUGACCCUCGGGCCAAACCCCCUGUCAAGCCCAAACCCCGAGCCCUGCCUGCCAAGCCAGCCCUGCCUGCCAAGCCCAGCCUACUGGUGCCGAUUGGGCCUCGGCCUCCCCGGGGUCCUCUGGCCGAGUUGCCUUCUGCCCGGAAGAUGAACAUGCUGGCGGGACCCCAGCCCUACGGUGGUAACAAGCGACCCCUUCCGUUUGCGCCAAGGCCUGCGGCCGAGGCCCUGGCUGGGGGAGAAGGUGCCCGGGAGCCUGGGAGAGAGGAGCCUGGGAAAGAAGAGACACCCCCCUUGACCCCUCCGGCCCGAUGUGCUGCCCCUGGGGGCGUGCGCAAGGCACCCCUUCCCUUCCGCCCGGCCUCCGAGCGCUUCGCUGCACCCACCGUGGAGGAGAUCCUGGCCAAGAUGGACCAGCCCAGGAAGGAGGGCCCAGCCAGCCCCGACCGCCUCUGGGGCUCCCGCCUCACCUUCAACCACGACGGCAGCUCCAGAUACGGUCCCAGGAACUACAGCGUGGCCUCAGGCCCCAGGGAUGACGCUGGGACCCUCGCCAGGGAAUGGUCCCAGGAGGGGCCCAUGGAGUCUCCUGCCGACUGCCCCGAGGAGCCCAGCAAGACCCCCGAGCAGAGGAAGCCCCCCUCGGACCUGGCCUUCAAUGGGGACCUGGCCCAGCCGGCCGUCUCUGAGCCCCCGACUGAUGUUCUCCAGCCCCGGGUGCCCGCCGGUCCAGGCCCCACCUUGGAGAAUGGAGGCGCCCCCAGCCCGGGCCUCCCCGCUGAAGCCCUGGGCUCGGGCCUCGAGUCUCCCCGCCUUGGCCCCCUCGAGGAGGGCUCUCCCCGCCUUGGCCCCCUCGAGGAGGGCUCUCCCCGCCACCCCCAGCGUCCAGAGGCCCAGCGCCCUGCUGCUCCUGCACCUGCCCUCCGGCCCCCCGAGACGCUGGGCUCCCCGGCUGCGGGCCCCCCUGAGGGAGGCUCCUGCCACCCUCCCCGGAGCCCAGGGGUCCCAGCUGUGGCUGCCCUGGAGGCCCCCAGGCCCGGCAGCCCCCAGGUGCCGGAGCUAGCAGGGCACCCCAGCCCCGAGCGGUCUCUACCCGCCACGUCCCAGUCCCUUACGGGAGGGGCUGAGCUGCCGGACCUGCCUCGGACGUUUGCAUCCGGGACCAGGGUGGCCCCGGGGGGCGAGGACCGCCCUGCCAGCGGCCUGGCCCAUCGGCGGUUUUCUGAAGGCGUGUUGCGGCCUCCCGGCCCAGACCGGGGGCAGCUGGGGGGCUCACUGGCCGCCCUGCCCCAGGCCCAGGGGGGCCCGUCCACCCUGGACCACCCCUUGGGGAGCGGGACCGAGUCCAGCUGGAGCUUAUCUCAGUCCUUUGAAUGGACCUUCCCGACUCGGCCUGCAGGCCUCGGGGUGCGGCGGCUGGACUCCCCGCCGCCGUCCCCCAUCACCGAAGCCGCAGAGGCCGCGGAGGCCGGAGACGGGGCUGCGUCCGCCGCUGGGGACUGGCCCGCGUCUACUCGGGAGGAAGGCGUGUCCCAGCCAGGGCUAGGGGCCCCGUCGGCUGCAGAGGGACCAGGAAGACCUGCUUCCUGGGGGCCGGGGGACGACCCAGGCUCCUCCCGGAGCCCGACUGGCGGUGGGGAGGACCAUCCUCUGGAGUCCCCGCCAACAGCAGGGGACCCACCUGGAGCAGCUUUACCACAGGUGGACGAGACACUCGCAGAACAGGAGCCCCCUCCGCCCGCCCGGGAGGCCGCCCUGCGCAUCCUGGAGCCAGUCCUGGGGCAGGAGCAGUCAGCGCCCCCGGACCAGCCCUGCAUCCUGUUCGUCGACGCCCCCGAGCCCGGGCAGGCUCUGUCUGCUGAGGAGGACCCUGUGGCCCUGGCCGUGGCCGAGACCACCCGCCCUAGGACAGCGGUUCAAGACCCCCGCCGGGCGUCCCCCGAGCCCACGGGGCCCGAAAACAGCUCCCAGUGGUUGGACGACCUGCUGGCCUCGCCCCCGCCCAGCGCCCGGCGGGGCGCCUCGUCUGAGCUGAAGGAUGCCCAGACCCCCAGCGCCUGCUCCGAGGGACUCCUCGGCUGGGCCCAGAAGGACCUGCAGAGUGAAUUUGGGAUUGCAGGAGGCCCACAUCCCGGCGGUUUCCGGCCUUCCACCUGGUCCCAGGACGCUUCUCGGGACUACGGCCUGGGGGGUGCAAGCCCUCUGGGGGACCCAGGCCUCGGAGAGAGGGACUGGGCUGGCACGUGUGGGCACGGAGUUGGGGAGGGGCGCCCCGGGGAGUGGGCCGGCAGGUGUGCCCUCGACCGGGAGGAGAAGGGCGAGGUCGGCGGCCAAGACCGGCAUGGAGCGGGGGCCCUGGGAAGCCUGGGCGCCCAGGACCGGGCGAUCGGGAAGCCUGGCACUCUGCAGAGCCACGAGGUGGACCUUCAGCACUGGGAGUUCGGGAAGAGGGAUUCCCAGGGCACCUACUCCAGCCGGGACGUGGAGCUCCAGGACCAGGAGUUCGGGAAGAGGGACUCCCAGGGCACCUACUCCAGCCGAGAUGCAGAGCUCCAGGACCAGGAGUUCAGAAAGAGGGAUUCUCUGGGGACCUACAGCGGUCGGGAUGCAAGCCUUCAGGACUGGGACUUUGGGAAGAGAGAUGCCCUGGGUGCCUACUCGAGCCGGGAUGAAGAGGGGCAGGGCCCGGAAUCAGGGCAGAAGGACCCACUUGGCAGAUACAGCGGCAGCCAGGACGCAGGGCAGCAGGACCAGGGGUUCAGGAGGAGCAACCCUGCACGGAGCACCUACGGCCCCCGCGGUGCAGAAACGCCGGGCAGGGACUUUGGCAGGAGCGCCUGGGUGCCGGACUACAGCGGCGGCCUCCCGCGGGACUUCGGAGCGAGAGCCCUGAGCUCCGGGUUCAGCCUCGAGGAGGCCCAGCGGCAGGACACAGAAUUUGAGAAGAAGACCCCAGGCCGAGCGAGCCCCGGGGCGGCCGGCAGGGACGUGGGCUGGCCUGAGACCCCCGAGACAGCGGGUGUGUUCCCCGCCAGCGGCCCGCAGCCGCAGGAUGGGGCUCUGGGGCAGAGGGACCCGGGUGGCUGGCAAGGUGGUGCUGCCUCUAGGGAGGUUGGUGGGCCGCAGGCGGGGGGCGCCCAGAGCCCGGGGGAGGCUGACUCGGAGGACAGGGAUGGGGCGCGGCGGGGCUGGGCCGGAGACUUCGGCCUUGGAGUGGGCGCUCAGCCAGAGGCAGCCUUCGGCCCAGGGCGGCGGGGCUGGGGUGGCAGCUUCUGUGCGGAGGCCUCGGAGCGGAGCUCCCAGUUUGGGAUAAUUGGUGACGACAGGGCGGGUGCGGCCAGCCUGAGCCCUUGCGGCCAGCUGGGAGGUGGCCCCUUCCUGCCCCCCGAGGGGGCCGUGGACUGGACUGACCAGCUGGGCCUCCGGAACCUGGAGGUGUCCAGCUGUGUGCGAGCUGCCAGCUCCAGCGAAGCCAGGGAGGAUGGCGUGGGACAGACGGGCUGGGCAGACCGCGGGGCUGUGACAGGCGCGGGACUGGCCGGCCAUCUGCAGGGCGGAGGGGCAGAGGCCCCCGGGGGGCUUGGUGUCGGGGACCACGACUGGACUUCCGAUGUUGGAGGCCCCAGCCAGGCCAGAGAGGGUGGCGUGGGGCAGACAGACUGGUCGGGCGCGGAGGCGGGAGAGUUCCUUAAAUCGAGGGAGCACGGAGUGGGUCAGGCAGAUUGGACGCCGGACCCGAGAGACCGGGAGCUUGGGCCCGGUGGUGUGGAUUGGGGCGACAGUCUGGGCCUGAGGCAUCUGGAGGUGCCCUGUGAUCUAGACACGGAGAGUUCUCAGGGGCCACGGGGAUGCGGGCUGGACCAGGUGGACUGGGCCCAGGACUCGGAGUUCCGAAACGUGGAGCUCCCCGGUGAAGCCAGGGAGUGUGGCGUGGGGGAUGUCGGCCAGUCCCCAGAACCGGGCGUGGGGAAUGAUGCCCUUUCAACCCCCCGCCUGGAGGCCCGAGGCCCCUCGGAGGCCAGGGAGCUCGGGGUGGGCGAGAUGAGCGGGCUGGAUGCUGAGGAUGGAGACCCCUUGUUGCCACUCGUGGUCAUCUGCCCAGAGGAGGACGGAUACGGGCUUCAGGAGUCCCCGGCCUUCGGACCCAGCCCUGGAGAUCACUCGGCCCGCUCCCCGCCGGCAGGCUCCCAAGAUCAGCCGGGGGAGAGGCUGGCCGCUCACAGCCCCGAGGCCGCGGCCCCGCAGGAGUCGGUGUCCCCAGGGCACAGGGCCCCGUCGGAGGAGGAAGGGGCCGCGACAGGUUUGGACCGAGGGGCGCCCCGGGAGCCCGGCCGGUACCCUCUACCCUCCUGGAGGCCGCAGCCGGACGGGGAGGCCAGCUGGACAGACGCGGUAGACGGGACCGGGGACGCCGCAGGGGCCCGGCAGGGCGAGCAGACCCCCCAGGGCCUGCCGGCCAGCGACCCAAGCCAGGAUUUCUCCUUCAUCGAGGACACCGAGAUCCUCGACAGCGCCAUGUACCGGAGCCGUGCCAACUUGGGGCGCAAGCGCGGCCACCGCGCCCCGGCCAUCCGGCCCGGGGGCACGCUGGGCCUGUCGGAGGCCGCAGCGUCGGAGGCGAGGCUGUUCCAGGACUCCACGGAGCCACGGGCUUCGCAGGCACCAUCCUCGGAUGAGGAGGUGGUCGAGGAGCCUCAGAAUCGCCGGACGCGGGUGACCAAGGGCCUGAAAGUCAGCCUGUUCCCCGGCCUGAGCCCGUCGGCCCUUAAGGCCAAGCUGCGCUCGCGGAACCGCUCAGCUGACGAGGGGGAGCCCACGGAGGGCAAGGCGGGCCAGAAGGAGUUGGUGAUCCAGCGCUCCAAGUCCUGCAAGGUCCCCGGGCUGGGCAAGCCCCACGCGCUCCCACCGAAGCCAGACAAGUCCUCAGGGUCAGAAGGAUCAUCGCCCAACUGGCUGCAAGCCCUGAAGUUGAAGAAGAAGAAGGUCUAA